AUGUCUUCCAUCAAGAUUGAAUGUGUUUUACGGGAGAACUGCAGGUGUGGGGAGUCUCCGGUGUGGGAGGGAGCAUCUAACUCUCUGCUGUUUGUAGACAUCCCUGCAAAGAAGGUUUGUCUAUGGGAUUCACUGAGCAAGCGAGUGCAGCGAGUGGCUGUGGAUGCCCCAGUCAGCUCAGUGGCACUUCGGCAGUUGGGGGGCUAUGUUGCCACCAUUGGGACCAAGUUUUGUGCUUUGAACUGGGAAAAUCAAUCAGUAUCUGUCCUAGCUACAGUGGAUAAAGAGAAGACAAACAAUCGAUUCAAUGAUGGGAAGGUGGAUCCUGCUGGGAGAUACUUUGCUGGCACCAUGGCUGAGGAAACAGCCCCAGCAGUUCUUGAGCGCCACCAAGGGUCCUUGUACUCCCUCUUUCCUGAUCACAGUGUAAAGAAAUACUUUGACCAAGUGGACAUCUCCAAUGGUUUGGAUUGGUCCCUGGACCAUAAGAUUUUCUACUAUAUUGACAGCCUGUCUUACUCUGUGGAUGCCUUUGACUAUGACCUGCAAACAGGACAGAUCUCCAACCGCAGAAUUGUUUACAAGAUGGAGAAAGAUGAACAAAUCCCAGAUGGAAUGUGCAUUGAUGCUGAGGGGAAACUUUGGGUGGCCUGUUACAAUGGAGGAAGAGUAAUUCGCCUAGAUCCUGAGACAGGGAAAAGACUCCAAACUGUAAAGUUGCCUGUUGAUAAGACAACUUCAUGCUGCUUCGGAGGAAAAGAUUACUCUGAGAUGUACGUGACCUGUGCCAGGGACGGGAUGGAUGCUGAAAGACUUUUGAAGCAGCCUGAUGCUGGUGGCAUUUUCAAGAUAACUGGUCUUGGGGUCAAAGGGAUUGCCCCAUAUUCCUAUGCAGGGUGA